UUUGCGCUGCUGGUGUAGUGGGUUUCGAGCGCGUCGUUGCGGGCCAUGAGUGCUUGCGCUCCCACGCGGUUCCUCAUAAUUCUCGUUAAUAUGUAACACGCUACUUCAGAACUAAUAUUCCAACAGAGACUAGAAAAAUAUUUUUUUGUUCUUUUUUUUUUUUCGUUUUUUAAAUGGCAGGUUGCAAGGUUUGCAAUUUGCACUAAAGCGGCACACCUGGCAACCCGUUAUGCGAUUAGUGCAGAGGUCAAAACCUGAGGCACGUAUCACGGAAGGAGAUGUUAAAAUGAUUGUAUUUGAAUUCAGAACUCACAUUUUUAUUAAAAUUGACGGAAAAGAGAAAAGCUGCACGCAACUGAAAGAUAAGAAUGACGACUUUUGACCUCCUUCGUCACUGUGACGUCAGAUAACGCAGUGUCCGGCCGGAGGAUUAUUCUUGGCGUCGGCGUUUCCCGGUCCUCCUCCUCCUCCGACGACGACGAUGAUGACGGCGGCCGUGGCGACGUUCUCCCUCAGCAUCAUCACGCUGGUGCUGUCCAACUUGGAGCCGUCCACGGGCAGCAACCGCCAUGCGGUGUACUGGAACAGCUCCAACCUGCUGCUACGUCGGGAGGGCUACACGGUGCAGGUGAGCGUCAACGACUACUUGGACGUCUACUGCCCGCACUACAGCGCCAGCCUGCGGGGGACGCUGGAGCGCAGCGUGGCCGAGCAGUACGUCCUGUACAUGGUCAGCUACCGCGGCUACCUGACCUGCGACCCCCGGCUCGGCUUCAAGCGCUGGGAGUGCAACCGGCCGCACGAGCCGCACGCGCCCAUCAAGUUCUCCGAGAAGUUCCAGCGCUACAGCGCCUUCUCGCUGGGCUACGAGUUCACCGUGGGACAAGAGUACUACUACAUAUCCACGCCCACUCACCACCACCACGGCCACAGCUGCCUGAGGAUGAGGGUCUACGUGUGCUGCUCCACCGUGUCACAUUCGGACGACGAAUCCGGCCAGACUUCCAACAUCUACACGGUGAGGCCGAGCAUCAAAGUCAACAACAUCGAUGAGAUUAACCCCGAAGUUCCCAAGCUGGAGAAGAGCGUGAGCGGCAGCAGCCCGUCGCGCGACCGCCUGCUGCUCGCCGUGGCCGCCACGCUGCUCGCCAGCGCCGCCCUGCUGUCCUAGCCGGCCGAGGAAGGUUUUGGGGGGGGGGGGGGGGACGCGUCGUGAAAUCCAAAUAAACAAACAAUUUUUAUUUUUUCCCCCCUCCAUUUGUUGUGGUCACGUGACAUUUCGAGCAAUGCGGAGACCCGCCCGAGCAUCAUUUGAAGGGACGGUGCCGGAUGCAGGCGUUGGUAGCGUUGCGACGGAUUGAGGUGGUGCCGGAUCGCGUGAAGAAAACGGUGCCGGAAUCAAACAAUGGGGCCGGAUGCAGACUGUGCGAGAAUUGGGACGGAACGAGGAGGUCUGCCAUUUAUGGGAUAGUGCCGGAUCGCGUGAAGAACCGGUGCCGGAUUCAGACGACGGCGCCGGAUGCAGAUUCUACGAGAAUUGGGCUGGAUUAAGGAUCUUCACGUGCCAGAUGCAGGCAAAUGCUCGCCUCAAGACGGAUGAAGAAUUUUUACGAUUUGCGGGAAGAUGCCGGAUGCGGGCAAAACGGCGCCGGAUGAAAGCAGCGCUAGCGUCGGAAUGGAUUAGGUAUGAAUCCCGUUAAGGAUGCGGAAAGCUGUGCCGGAUGCAGGUAAUACCACCGCCACCAAUGGGAUGGAUUAAUAAUGUUCACGGUGCCGGAUGCAGACAAUGCUAGCAUGGAGAUGGAUUUGAGGGCGUUUUUGGACCGUGACGACUCCGAAAGUCCAGGACUGCGAUCACCCCCAUCAACAUUUCCUUUCUUAGAGGCUAGCGAACCUCCGCGGUUAGUCCUUCUUGCCUGUUUCCUUGCCUUCACAACUCGAGAACACUUUUGGAUGCUGGCACUUUCGUAGCCGUGGUGCAGUAGAUGUGCUUUGAUGACGUGUUUGCCCCCCCCCCCCCCCCCGUUUACCCAAGCCGGUCCUGCUCUCGCCCGCGAAAACCAUUCGAGCCACACGGGGAAAGGAGGAAGAAAACAAAAACCGUACGAGAAUCCUGGUGGGGGGGCGUUUUAAAACCAAAACAUUGCAGUGAUAAAAUUUGGUUUUUACGGCAGGUCUGAACCACUUUUGCGGCACCGGUCCCGUCUUUGGACCAAACAAAAAACUCUCACAGGCCUCGUGAGAUCCAAGCCGUUAUAAAUUCAAUCAAAACCUCGGCGGUCGUAAAAUGGUAUGCAAUUAAAAAAAUGACAAUUAAUAGGCUGGGGGAGGGGGGGGGGGGUCAGAAUUUUAUGAGAAUAUCGGCAAAACGUUACGAGGAGAUGUUUUUCUCGAAACGUCCCGACUCCGUUUUCGUAACUCGCGGUCAAAGUUUUACAACUUCUUUCCGGUGUGGCUCGACCGGCCUCCGCUUUGUACCUGGCGUCGCGGACCGGUCGCCAUGGAAACCCCCCCAGCCCCGAGGAGAUUUUACUUUGUCACCGCUGACUUGGACUAUUGCAAAGUAAAAGCUUCGGCUGUCGCGUGAAUUUGCAAAAAAAAAAAAAAAAAACAACAAAAAAAUCAGGGGGGGGGAAUAGCUGUUAUAUUAAUUUAUGUAACGUGUAUUAUUAUUAUUUAUGAUUUAUUUAUGAUUCUUGUGAGUGUUCACGUGCUACGCAGGCCUUUUGCGCAACGAGCUACUGUGCCAUUUUGUGUGAAAUUUUGGGCAGAUUUUCUGUAUUAUUUAUUUAUUAUGAUUAAUAUUUUUUACUGCACAGGCAUCAUCGUCAUCAUCAUCGUGUACUGUACGCGCGUUUGUGCGCGCGCGCGCGAAUGCUCGUCCACGCUUUUCCCGGUUUGUGGCACUUAGGAAUUUGUUCAAGAGUCGUUUGUAGGAUCUUAAUAUGCAAGCGAAAGAAUGUGCUCUU